UCCCAAAAUCGGACGCUGCCCUCCAUCCGUCCCUUUUCCGACCCAUCUCCCUCCAAAACUGUGUGAUGAAAGCCAUCACGAAGGUCCUCACCUACCGGCUCCAGGAAGCUAUCCACACCUUAGUCGACGAUGACCAGACUGGCUUCCUCCCCGGCCGCCGCAUCUCGGAAAACAUUGUGUACGCAGCCGACCUUCUUCGUUGCUGCCACACGCGUAAAGCCCCCACCCUGGUCUUCAAGAUCGAUUUCCGGAAAGCAUUUGACUCGGUCAACUGGACCAGUCUGGUUGCCAUCCUCAAAGCUAGAGGGUUUGAUGAUCGGUGGUGCGAGUGGAUGAGCCAGAUUCUUUCCACUGGGCAUACAGCGAUCCUCCUCAAUGGUGUCCCGGGAUGCUGGAUCCGUUGUCGAAAUGGUCUUCGGCAAGGGGAUCCACUGUCUCCGUACCUCUUUAUUAUCGUCGCUGAUGUGCUUCAGCGCAUGAUUCGGAAUGCCUGGCAGGACGGCUCCCUUGCGCACCCGCUCUCCAACGACGUGCCUUGCCCCGUCCUUCAGUAUGCUGAUGAUACCCUCAUCCUUUGCAAGGCUUCUCCGACAGCCGCAACCUGUCUUAGGAGAGUGCUUGAUGAUUUUGCUUUAGCCACUGGCCUCGCAAUCAAUUUUCACAAAUCCUGUAUGAUCGCGAUGCAUGUCUCCCCCGAUGUUGCCUCCGCCAUGGCAACUGCGCUGGGGUGUGCCAUCUCCUCCUUCCCCCAGCCUUACCUUGGGCUCCCCUCUCUCCCACCAAACUCCCGUCCUCUGCCUUCGCUCCCCUUAUCCAAUCCUUUGAUCGGAGACUCUCUGGUUGGCGGGCGCAUCUGUUAUCCUUGGGGGGGUAGACUAGUGCUGUGUGACGCCGUGCUGAACAAUCUCGCUACUUACUACAUGUGCUCGUAUUUGCUUCCUAGUGGUGUUAUUGAAAGCAUUGAUAAGAGGCGCCGCGCUUUUUUCUGGACCGGAAAGGAUUCUUGUUCUGGUGCUUGCUGUUUAAUUGCUUGGGAUAGAGUUUUGUUGUCUAAGCAGGACGGUGGUUUCGGCAUCAAGGAUCUCCACCGGCAGAACAGGUGGUUGCUCCUGAACUUUGUUCAUCAAUUACACCAGCCUAACCCCCUGCCUUGGAAAAAGUGGUUCUUUUCUCACACAGGUCGCGAUCUUGGCGAGAUCUCCUCUUCUCCGCCUUUCCUUGAGAGGAUUGUGGAGGAGUGUCUCCCACUCUACCGGUCUAUUACCAGAGUGACCGUUUUGGAUGGGCGCUCCACGUCCUUCUGGCUGGACAAGUGGCUCCCCGGCGAGCCGCUUGCCACACGCUUCCCCGCUCUCUUCUCCCACAGUACACGGCAGCAUGCCACCGUGUCGACAGUUGUGGGAGGGAGGGGGCUGGAUCUGCAACCCCGCUUGACUACGGCUGCGACUGGCGAGUUGAGGAUGGUCCACGACAUCAUCGCCGGCUGCACUCUCCGUGGUGGCUGUGACCUGCGCGCCAUCGACUCUCCCUCGACUCCUCGCUUCUCCUCCAGAGAGGCCUACAGGGCUUUGGCGCCCCCUCGCCCCCACGACGCCUCGCCCUGCAUCUCCUGGAGGCUCCGGAUCCCCACGAAGAUUCGGAUUUUCGCCUACCUGGCGGACAUUGACCGCCUGAGCACGCGCGUGAACCUCUUCCGGAAGAGCUGCGCCCCCUCUGACCUUUGUGCGGCUUGUGCCUCUCCCGAGACAGGCAGGCACUUGUUCUUCGACUGUCGCUCGGCGGCAGUGCUUUGGACCCGUCUGGAUGUCCCAAUCCCGGACGAGGAGUUCUCCGUUUGGGACCUUCCCGCGCCCUCGCCCUUCAGCAUGGAUGUCUGGAGGAUUGGUGUUGCGGCGAUCCUGUGGGCUAUCUAG